AUGGGUUCAUUUCCGAUGGGUUCGAGGAAACUUGUCCUUGAGGGGACGGCAACACUACUUGGCGCGAAGUCCCCCGUGUGGGUCGACCAGGUGAGAGUGUCGAAGGACAGCGCGCGGUCUGGACGGGAGUUUUUCUCGCAGUCUGCGGGGAAGAUGGCCCGGACGAAGGCCUCGGUUACGUCGGUUGCGACGAGGAAAAAAAGGUCCAAGCUUGGAGGUGGAGGAGGAGGAGGAAAUCGAGUGAAGACCCAGCCGACCCCAGAGUGGCAGAAGCCCGUCACGCAGUUCUUCCAGCCGUCCACCAGCAAGGAAGGCCCCACCGGAGAGGACGAAGAGUCUCCGUCUGGGGAAAGCGAAGGUUCUCCGACGGGAGGGAGCGGUGACUCCCCAGUCGGAGAGGUCGAAAUCUCCCCGGACGCAGAGAGCGACGGAUCCCCGGCCGACUCCCCCGGUUGCAGCCGCAACCGGCGUCCUUCUCGAGCCGGGAAGAACAACGUCAUCGACGACGACAGCGACGAUGAUUAGCGUGAUGUCUGCGUAGAACAGUGACUACCUCUCUAGGUCUAAGUUUUUUGUGUGUGUGUGACAUGAGUUUUUGCAAUUGAAACCUGAGUUGGUUUUUUUUUCCAUUGGACACCUGUAUUUUGCUCAAUGAUCUCUUGGAUGCAUGCCUUUGGCAUCUGCAUUCAGCCCUCUUUCUUUCUUCACUUCCAGGGAUUUAUUGGAGCGGCUGUGAUACUCUGAUUUUGGCGAUGAUGUCGGCGUGAAACUUUUGUUUAGAAUUAGACAUGCAGUGUUUUGAAAUCUCAAGUGAAUUUUUUUUUUUGCAUUCAUUUCAGACUUUGAUGGAUGCACAUUUGUCAUCUUUGCCAGCAAUUGUGAAUUUUUUUUUCCUUUUUCUUCAUGUAAUUGAAAUUUGAGGUUUUUCUUUUGCUUCAGUUUAGCUAGUUCAAGUCAAUGAAAUCGUAUGAGGCUGUGUGUACAACUUAAGUGUGUUUCGGUCUGACUGCGUGUUGUUGAAUACAGCGUGUCAUGUAGCUUCUGUUGGAGUUUGCUUCUUGAUCAUCUUUUCAAGCAAGUGCCACUCUCGUUUUUAAAAAAUCAGGGUCCUGUUACCAUAGGUUAGUGUGCCUUGUUCAACUUCGCCCUCAGUUUCAAAGGCUUCUUAUCUCGAACAUCAGCCCAGGAAAUCUCAUCUGCUGGACAGAGGAGGGUGAAUCAUUGCACAUUCCCAGAUUAAGUAUUUCUUAAAACAUGCCAUCUGGCUGCUUGCAGCUGUUUAUUCUGCUAAUAGGUUUCAUUCUUCUGGAAAAAUAUGUUUUAGUACACUCAGCAUAUUUUGUGACUAUUUUUGCCUCAGAUAUAUGAACUUGCACAGUUGGUUUUUUUUUCGUGUAGCAAUAAACUCCAUUCCCCUUCCGAA